AUGACCACAUCAACAUUCCAUCGCGCAACCGAAACGGUCGAGUUCCUACGUCUGAAGCUCCCACCCCAGUUAUCUCGGCCUAGAGUAGCGAUAAUCUGCGGAUCCGGCUUGGGCGGGCUCGCUGACACGAUCAGUGGGAGUGCAGAGAGGGUUGAAUGGGCUUAUAAAGAUGUGCCCAACUUUCCUGUUUCCACCGUGGCGGGACACGAGGGCAAACUAAUCUUCGGGACGAUGGGGGAGGGAGCGAAGAAAGUACCAGUAGUAUUGCUAGUAGGACGUGCACAUUUCUACGAAGGCCACGAAAUGCCCACCGUAACCUUCACCACCCGCGUCUGCAAACUCCUCGGCGUCGAAACCAUGAUCUUGACCAACGCCGCCGGGGGCUUAAAUCCAGAGUACGCAGUAGGCGAUAUAGUCUGUCUGAACGACCACCUCAACCUCGCUGGCCUCGUCGGCUUUCACCCUUUACGUGGGCCGAACGAAGAGGAGUUUGGGACGCGGUUCCCACCUCUGAGCGACGCGUAUGAUAUCCGGCUCCGACAACUCGCACACCGUUCUUGGACAGAUCUUCGACGUCAACAGCCGAGCGAGAGGAGGAUGCAUGAGGGUGUUUAUGCGUUUGUGGCGGGUCCGACGUAUGAGACGAGAGCGGAAUGUCGGAUGCUGCGGUCCUUGGGUGCGGAUGUGGUGGGGAUGUCGACCGUGCCGGAGAUUGUUGUGGCGAGGCAUUGUGGGAUGCGGGUGGUGGCUUUUAGUCUCGUGACGAAUAAGGCUGUGCUCGAGCCGACUGUGCGGGCUGAUGCGAUGGAGUUACAGGGUUUGACUCCGCAGCAGUUAGAUGAAUAUCUUAGUCGUGGACGGGCGAGCCAUGAAGAGGUGCUUGAGGCUGGUAGGCAGGCAGCGGUUGAUAUGCAAGGGUUGGUGUUGCGGAUCGUGUCGGAGCUGUAG